CGCCCACCCGUUUCGCUUCCGCCCCGCGCGCGGGACCGGCGCGAGGAGCGCGCGGAGCCGUGACCCCGCGGUGACCCCACGGUGACCCCUCCGUGACCCCGCUCAUGGACGGGGAGGGGGAGGCGGAGGGGGAGGGCGCGUCCGCCCCGCCGGGCGCCGCCGCCCUGCUGUACCUGCCGGACGGGUCGGCGCUGCCGCUGCCGCUGGAGCCGCCCCCGGGCCCCACGGCCGCGGAGCUGCUGCGCCGCCUGCAGGGGGCGCUGCGCCUCCCGCCCGCCGCCGGCGACGCCCUCGCGCUGUGGUUGGGGUCGGAGCUGCUCGAGGUGCAGCUGAAGCCGCGGCACCGACCCCUGCGCCUGGUCCGGCACUGGCCGGAGCUGCUGCUGCGCUUCAGCCUCGGCUCACCCGCGGCCAUCGCCCAAGAUGAGCCGUGUCUGCAGCUGCGCAGGAACGUGUUCUUCCCUAAGAGCCGAGAGCUGGAGCUGCAGGAGGAGGAGCUGCUCCGCUUGCUCUAUGAGGAGGCGCGGGAGCAGCUGAAGGGGGGGCGCUACCCCGUGGACCCCCCCGAGGCGGCCGAGCUGGGGGGGCUCAGCUGCCGCCUGCGCCUGGGGCCCUUCGAGCCCGGCCGGCACACGGAGCUCAGCCUGCGGCCGCUGCUGGGGGAGCUGCUGCCGCCGGGUCCUCCGGCCCGCUGGGGGGCGCUGUUCCGGCGCUCGCGCGAGCCGGGCCCCGCCCAGCGGCUGCUCGAGGCGUUUGCGCGUGCGCCGGGCCCCGAGGCGCCCCCUGCCGGAUUGUACCGGGACUUCCUGCGCCGCUGCCACGCCCUGCCCGGCUACGGGUGUGCCUUUUUCCCAGGAGCCAUUGAGCGGCCGUCGGGGGGGCUGCUGGCCCGGGGGGGGCUGCGCCCCGUCAGCGUGGCUGUGGGGCUCGAGGGGGUCACCAUCAUUGACCCCCGCCAGAAGCACGUGCUGCUGUCCCUGACGUACCCCGAGCUGUGCUGGGAGCUGGUGGGGGCCGUGGGACAGGACGGGGACCCCGGGGGGCAGGAGGGGGACCCCACGGAGCCCCCCCAGCUGUGGUUGGAGUUCGAUGGGGACCACGAGGGAGCCCCCGUGAACCGACUGCUGCGCGUGUUCUCCCCGCAGGCGGAGCUGAUGAGCGCCCUCAUCGAGUGCUGCAUCGAGCUGGGCGGGGCGGCCCCGCCCCCCGAGGAGCAGGCCCCACCCUCCGCUGCCGCGGCCACGCCCCCCGAGGCGGCCGGCGCGCGUGGCGCCGCCUUGCGGCGGCAGGAGAGCGUGACCCGGCCCCGCCUGCAGCGCCUCGCGACCAUCGACUACGUGCGGGAGGGGGAGGAGCUGCGGCGGGUGAAGCCCCCCCGGCGCUCGGCGUCCUUCUUCAGCCGGGGGGGGACCGGGGGCGGCUCCUACAGCCCCGUGGCGGGGGGCACGGGGGGAGCCAGCUCCGAGCAGGGCUGAGCCCCCCCGAGCCCCCCAAACCCCUCCCAGUUCAGACUGGGAGCCCCCCCCCCUCUCUUUGUACCCCCACCCCCCAAUAAACUGCACUGCCCCCCUGCUCCCUCUCCCCAGGUAGGGUUUGGUGGAAUUUGGGGCAAAUUUGGGUCGAUUUGGGGCUAAUCCAGACCAGUUUGGUACCAGUUUGGGAUGAUUCUGGGUGGUUUGGGGAAGAUCAAAGGUGAUUCAGGGUGGUUUGGGACUUCUUUGGGGUGUUUGGGGUUAAUUCGUGGCAGUUUUGAGCUAGUUUGGGAUAUUUGGGGCUGAUUUGGGAUCAUGCGGGGCAUUUUCCAGCCAGUUCCUGGGGGGUCUGGGGCCACUUUCAGUGGAGUUGGGACAUUUUGGGGCCAGUUCUGGGGGUUUUGGGGCCUGUUCCAGGCGGCUUGGGGUCCAUUCAGGGGGGUUUGGGAUAAGCUGCAGCAGUUUGGGGCCAAUUCUGGGGGGUUUGGGGCCAACGUAGCCAAAUGGCGGCUCCACGUGACAGCAGCGGCCAUUUCGGGCUGGGCACUCAGGGACACGCGUGUGUCACACGUGCCACACCUGUCACACCUGUCACCUGUGUCAGGGGCUUCUCCCUCUCAUUAGCACUAAUGAGACCUUUGGGACAAAUUCCACCAUUUUUUGGGCAAGUCCUGCUGAUUUUGGGGCAUCGCUUGUUGUCCAUUUGGGACCCUCGCAGACCCACCCCAAAUCCCCCUAUUUCACUAUUUAACCCUAUUUUCCUCUCUUUUCCCACCCAGCAGGGCUGCGUUUAUCCAAACUAUCACAUUUUCUACCCAUAAACACCACACGCCUCCACUCUGCGGCAAAACUGCCUCAGUCCUGAAUAACUUCAUUUUCUUAAGGUGUUUUUUAGAAAUUGAAGGAUUUUUUAAGGGAGAACCGGUGAGAGUUUUGUGCUGUGUGAGGGGUCGGUGUUACCGGGGCCUAAAGAACACAGAGAAACUGCUCUGGAAUUCAACAUUCACAAACUAAAAAACAAAGAAAAUAUAAAUAUUUGACAGGAUAAAGAAAUGUUUUGGCAUAAAUGUUAUCUGAGGGAAAUAGUGAAGGACGCUGGUCCCUCCCCCCACCUCACGGGGCUGCUCCUGUGGGGAGGCGCCAUUUUGGGGGGGGGGAAGCAGAUUAUGGCUGAAUAAAAACGAGAUUUUCUGAGGAAAAUAAGACAUUUCUGAGGUAAAACUUGACAUUUCUGAGGUAAAACUUGACAUUUCUGAGCCAAAUCGGGAACUUUCUGAGGGAAAUGAAGCAUUUUGGAUACAAAUUGGACAUUUCUGAGGGAAGUAAGCCAUUUUCGAUGCCAAUAGGACACUUCUGAGGGAAAUCAAACGUUUUUGAGACAAACCAGAUGUCUCAGAGGGAAAUGAGACAUUGAUGAGGUAAAAUCAAACGUUCCUGAGGCAAACCGGACAUUUUCUCAGAGAAAUCGGUCAUUCUCUGAAGGAAGUCGGCCAUUUCUAAGGCAAAUGAGAUUCUCCUGAAAGAACUCGGGCUUUUCUGAGGUAAAACCAAGGAGAAAAAGGUGAUUUUUUUUUUUUUUUUUAACCGUUCAGCCUCUCCGGACACGCCGGAGGUGACUCGGCGCUUCCCCCGCCCAAUGCGGAGCGCAGGGAGCGACAGCGCCGCGCUCCCGGCGCCGCCCCCGCGGCGACUGCGGCAAAGCCAAGGGAGGUGCCUGGUGAGGGGGCGGGGGUCUCCGCGUGGACCCGCCUACUGACGCAUCACUUUCGUAUCCCUCCGCGCGCGGAUCCCUCCGCCGACCACAUGACCGGAGGUCAAUUCACUCCAGUUCCCUCCGCCGGAUCCUUCCGCGGCAGCUCCCGCCCCCAAAUUUCUUUUUUUUUUUUUUUUUUUCGUCUGUAAAUGAGCGUGGGGGAAGGGCAGAAUGAAAGUCGGGGCUGUGGGGGAGGGGAGCGAGUGGGGGGAGGGGGACUGUGCCCAUUUAGCGGCGGUUUGAGGGGGCCCCGCGGAGGAAGGGACGCGAUGAAGUUCCCCCCAUGCACGAUCCCCUUUUCGUGAGGUGAUUUUUUUGGUGAAAAAUCGCUAAAAAGGGUCGGGUUUUAAAAAGCUGGUAAGCCUCAAGGAAAUGGUGGGUUUAGAGUGAAGAAUUGAAGUGGUUUUGCCUCAAAAACCCACUAAGAAAGGGGGCUAGGAAGACUGGAGGGGCAGCCUCCCACUUUGGGUUUAAAAGCGGCCAUUGGGAUUUAAAAAGCCGCUGAAAAGCUGCAGGGUUUGGCUUAGUGGCGAUUUUUGAGGGCAAAACCUGGGUCCUGUGCCCCAAAAAUGGCUUAAAGUCACCGUAAAGUGCUGUUGAGGCUCUUUAGAAGCUUUAGUGCUAUCUUAUCUGUUAAAAAAAUCUUAACCUGAUUUUUUUAUUCUAUUUUUUUUCCUAAGAAACACUCAAGAGUGUUUCUGGUGAAGAGUGUGGUGAAGAGCAUCUUUCUAGAAGAAAAUGUUUUAAAAUGGCCUCUGCAGGCUGAACUCCUGAGGAAAAAGCAGCUUUUGGGGUAUUUUCAUGCAGAAAACAUGAACUUUGGCCAUGUCCGAGUUACUAAAAUGAUUUUAAAUUUUAAAUCAGGGCUUAAACCAGCUGCAAAUGGGCUAAUUAUUCCUGUAAAAAUGAUCACUGAGAUAAACCUUCCCUAAAAUCAGAGUACUUUGGGGGGAAGCCUUUUCCAGCACUUGAAAUGGGGGAAAAAAUUACAUUUGAGAGCCUUAAUGGUGGAAUAGCCCAGAAAAUAAUUAAUAACAAUAAGGAAAUAUUUUCUCCCGCAGGAAACGCCCCAAAAAUGUCGGAACAGCUCCUCCCACACCCCCAAAAUGCCUCAUCGGUUUCAUCAGCAGUUUUAAUUAGCCCCAGAGCAGCUUUAAUGAAUGAUAAUUAAAAGGUUGGGAGGGGGGGGGCGGUGUGCCCUCUCUGCCAGCACUUUUGGGGUGUCAUUUCCUGCCCGGAAACGCCUCAAAAUGCCAAAAAAAGUGCCUUAAAAUGGCUUUAAAAAGCCUUUAAAUGCCUCAGAAUAGUGGGGUUUUAUCCCCUUUAUUGAAAACAGAGACUUCCAUGACUCGGCAUGGCCUGAAAUGGGGUGAAACAGAUUUUGAUGCAUUUCUGUCGUGAAAAAUGAAAUUAAAAUGGUGGUUAGGGCUGUGCUGGAUCAGGGUGGAAAAAAGGGUUUAAAAAGGGUGGUUUGGGGUCUUUGGGGAACAAAAGUCGUGAAAAUUUGGGCUUUGGGGUCUGUGUUCCCUCAAGAACUUUUUUUUCCCCUUAAGAUUUGUGACCCUUUUGAGGAGAAACGGCGCCUUUUUGGCAGCGGCCCAGCCCCGUGACGCAGCAAAAGCAAAAACCCCGAGUAAAAUGAAUGGAUAAAAAAACAAAACCCAAAAAAAAAAAACCUCUAAAACUACCCAGGAAGGUCGAAGCGAGGGAUUUUAGGGCAGAACUGGCCAAACCGAACCAAAAAAUCUCUGUUAAUUUUAACCAUUUUCGUGCUGGACCUCGUGGCGCCGCCGAAGGCCCACGGCUGCGGGGGGAGGGGAACAGCGCCGUUUGUGAGGGGAAAAAAUCAAAGAAAAGGGUAAAAAAAGUGAAAUAAUGAAAAAAGAAGCUUUUUCACACAGGGGGCGGUGGAUUUGGGGGGGGAAUUUUGGGGGUUGCUGCCCUUUUUUGGCGAUUUUAGGGACUAUUUUGUCGCCCCCGCGGGGGCGGCGCUGGGUCCUUUAUAAGGGAGGGCCCCGCGCCCGCUGCGCCCGGCCGAGAACCAGCCCCGAAACGGCCCAAAUUCGGCCCAAAACCGCUUCGAGCUGCUCGAUUUUAUACAAAAAAGCUCCUAAAAUGGCUUUAUUUCCUACCGAGAGCUCCAAUAAUGGCUUUAUUGCCUACGAGAAGCUCUUAAAGCUGCGGUAUUUUAUAGAAAGAGCUCCUAAGACUGCUUUAUUUCAUAAAAGCGGCUCUUAAAUAUUUAUUUAAAGAAAAGAGACAAAAGCUGUUUCCUUUAAGGAAAACUGAGCUCCUAAAGCUGCUUUGUUUCUAUAAAAGUCCUUAAAUCGGCGAUUCCAGUAAUGGGAAAAGCCGGGGCAAGCCGGGGCACCUUUAACUGAAAAAAAUGAAUGAAAAACCUUAAAAAAGCUCUUAAAGCUGGUUUUUAUUCAAACCGAAGCUUCUAGGGCUGGUUUUUAAGAAAUCGCUGCUUUCAAAGCCGAUUUCUGGGAGAAAAGGCCGCUCUCGCAGCUCUUUAAUUCUUAAAAUAUCCUAAUGUGAUAUUUUGAAACAGCUGGAGCAAACUGGGGCGAUUUUAAUGGAAAGAGCUUUUUAAGCUGCUUUAAUUUAAAGAAAAAGCGCUCAAUACGCUGUUUUCUGCUAAAAAAGCUCCUGAAUUUAAUUUUCAUUUUCAAAAGCUCCUAAAGCUUUUAAAAAAUGUAAUUUUGUCCCCCAAGUGGGGCCGGGCCGGGCAGCGCAGGCGGGGGCGGCCGGUUUGGGGUGAAAUGCGGCAUUUUCAGGCUCAGGAUGGAUUGAGAGGAGCCAAUUUUGAGGGAAGAGCAGGAAAACUGAAGAGUGAAGAUGGAGUCGGCAGGGAAAGGAAAGUUUUUCUUCGCAGUGGCCCCAUCUGGGGGGAAAAAAGGACUUUUUGGUAAAAUGGCGGCAGUUGGGCAGGGGAGGAGCAGAGAGAAGAGAGGAAAAAAAGAGAAAGACAGAAAAUAGAAAAAAAAAGAGAGAGAAAAUAGAAGAAAAUCAGAAAAAAAAAAAAAGAAAAUAGAAAAACUUAGAAAAAAGAACAGAAACAAAAUUGCAAAAAUAGAAAUUGGAAAAAAGAAAAUUGAAAAAACAUAGUAAGAAUGGAAAAAAAAAAGAAAAUAGAAAAAAAGAGAAGAAAAUUUGAGAAUAGAAGAAACUAGAAAAAAAAAAGAAAAUUUGUGAAAAUAGAAGAAAUUAGAAAAAAGAAAAUUGAACAAAUAGAAAAUAGAAGAAUAUAGAAAAAAUAAUAGAAAAAUGAAAAUAGACUGUAAAUAAAUAGAAAAAUACAAUUAAAAAUGAAACUAGAAAAAAAGAAAAUAGAAAAAUAUAGAAAAAAAAGAAAAACCCAAGUGCUGAACAUUUGAGAAGAUGGAAGUGAAAGAAAACAGGGAAAAAAUCAGAAGAGAGAAAAUAGAAGAGAGGAAAAAUGAGAGAAAAUCAAAGAGGAUUUAGAGGAGAAAAUAGAA